AUGGCGAAACUGUAUGAUCCUCUGGGUAUAGCUGCUCCGUAUUUACUCACGGCGAAAGUAAUCUUCCGGGACGUUUGCGAUCGGAAACUUGGAUGGGAGGUUGAGCUGCCCAAAGAUCUUAAAAGCCGAUGGGAGAGAUGGUUAGACAGUCUGCCAAGUGUGUAAACCUUCCCAAGAAGCAUUCCUCGAGAGAGAGCAUCAAUUACCGAGAUUCACAUUCAUGGGUUUGCCGAUGCCAGCAUUCUGGGAUGUUGUGCUGUUAUCUAUGUAGUGGCAAAGCAGGGUGAACUAGUUUCUCGAGGUCUGCUGGUAUCCAAAGCACGGUUGGCGAAACGCGAUUUAACAAUUCCUAGAUUGGAACUUGUCAGCUGUCAUAUGGUCUGCAACCUUAUCCAUAAUACCAAAAAAGUUCUUAGUUGUCUUCCGGUGACGGGUGUUUAUGCGUGGACUGAUUCAACCGUUUGUCUACAGUGGAUUAACGGACAGGGUAACUACAAGCAAUUUGUGUGGAAUCGCGUGAAAAAGAUUAACGAGGAGAAAAUUGAGUGGAGAUAUGUUCCAACUCAACAGAACCCUGCGGAUAUCGGUAGUCGAGGUACAACGAGAGAUCUACAAGUCAACGAAACCUGGAUGAACGGUCCUGAUUGGUUAAGUGAGCCUGCGAAAUGGCCGGAGCAAUUACAGAUCAAACCCAGCGAAAAAUCUGAAUUCGAAAGUCGAAUGGUUAAAGAAGUGAUGAAAGUUACCAUUCCGAAAAAAGCUGAUUUUGUCGAUAGUCUGUUAGAGAAAUUCCAGCUGUCAAAAACAGUACGAGUUUUAGCAUGGGUCAAGAGAUUUAUUGACAACCUGGUGUAUGGCAAGAAAGUCAAUGGGCCAUUGGCAACCGAAGAAAUGCAGAAGCAGAUGCA